AUGGGAGGAUAUUUCUGACUGCAUCUGGAGAGGACAUGGUGUCCAUCCACACCAAAGACACCACAGGAAUCAGGAAGCUGCAGAAAGACGAUGUAGAGGUGCUGCUGCUGACCUCUAGUGAGGACCCUGUGGCCCAGUUGUUAGCAGAUAAGCUGAAGAAGCUAACGGGGUGUGAGGUCAUGCCGGUGGGAGAGGACCCACUAAGUGAUGUGUUGCCAGUCGUGAAGGAGAGGAAUCUGGACUGGAAAGAUGUAGCUUACAUGGGUAACGACACAGCUGACAGCAGCUGUCUGAAUCUGGCGGGUUUGAGUGCAGCUCCUGCAGACGCUCCAUCAGACGCCGCCAACGCUGCCAAGUACACCUGCCGCCUCCUUGGGGGUGCGGGAGCCGUGAGGGAGUUUGCAGAACACGUUCUCCUGCAGAAGGAGAAGGCAAAGUCCCAGAUGAAGCAAGACCGAAUCGACCGCACCAACUUCUGAUGUAGAACAGUCCAGAUUUAGAAGGAGCUGCAGUGGAGUUUGUUCACAUAAAGAAGUCAGAUCAUUCACACUCUUCAGGGUAACGUGACACGUUUCAGCCUCCUGUGGUUAAUAAUCAGCUGCCGAGACUAAAGACAUAAACGAAAAGCGCUGAAAUGAUCAGGAUAGAUGUCAGUUUCAUUUUUAUUAUCCAGCUAUAGUUUUAUUACUGCUUUGUUUGUUUUAGCAGUCAGAGCUGUUGGCAGCUUCUUUGUGGGGUAUUUAUAACACUUUAAGAUUCACAUCACCAGAUCCUUGUGAACAAACAGCAGCCUUGAGGUUUUCUUUGAUGUUUGAGAUAAAAGUUAACCUGAGAGCUCAAAUCACCGGGUUCACAAUCACCUCUGAAUCCUGAUGUUGGUGCUUUGGCCUCUGGACUAAGUCACCAGAUGAGAAGCAGCUUUUAAAGGUGCAGAGCAGGUUUCUCUGGAAUGUUUUUGCCACUUUGCUUGAAAUGCUCUUCACAUACUGAUGGCUACAAGUGAAUUAAAUGUUUUGUAAAAAUUAAUAAAAAUAAUGAGUUUAAUCACCUCUGUAACGUAUCACGGAGGAACCUCGUCCAAUCAUAGUGAAUGUCCCAUUAUUAAUUACUGGAUCAUGAGCCAUCCAUCAAGCUGUCCUCCCUGACCACCCCUCAUGCUCUUCACUUACCCCUCCAUGUGUGCAAAUUCAAUUCAGUUCAAUUCAAUUCAAAACUACUUUAUUAAUCCCAGAGGGAAAUUGUGUGUUCUUGACUUGGAGCAGCUGGGCUAGGUAGUGGAGCGGAUGCAAUGUUCUGUUCAGUUAGCAUAUUUCUUUAAGGAGUAUUAUUUUACAUGUUCUGUUUAGAGUCUUUUCUUAAUGGGAAAUGUUUAGGUGACGGACAUGUUGCCUGUCAACACACCCGGUCCCAGGUUGGCUGCCAGAGCUGUCUGUCAGUUUGUUGCCUUGGCAACUCACGUGUGGGUUAAGGGUAGGUUCUAGAAGUUUUAAUCGAUUGCUCGUGGGUUUUUCUUAGAUUGCCGUUUGUGCGGUGCAGAUGAAGUUAAGAACAACGGAUCGAAACUCGUGAACUGAACCCUCAGGAACAAACACGCGUUCUUCUGUUCUGGGGGCGUGGCUUAGGUGGGGGACGCCUGAGGAAGGGGGAGUUGGAUUUUCAAAAAGUACCUUGCUUGAUCAGCAAGCAAAAAAAAAACAUCUACUGCUCCUUUAAAGUAAUAAUGAUACCAGAUUAUUUUAUAACUACAUUGUUGACCUUUGACCUCAUCUGUGCUGUUUAAUAUCUAGCUCGUAACUUUAAGGUUGUUUUCUGCUUCUAACUGUGGGUCACAAGGUGAAAUUCUGCUUAAGACACCCAUGUGACGGUUGCUGGGCCGGCACUAGUCAAAUACACGUUUAUGAUAAAAAAACAUGGUAGCUAGAAAGAAUGAGCAGAUUUGCCUGUUUACAGCAGGGACAAUCCUGCUGAUAACAUGUCAACAUCCUUUUGUUGUCUUGUUUGUGUUUGUUUUCAACCCUUUUAUUUGUUCUCUGAGAUGUUUUACCGGUGGCUGCUAAUGUGAAGGUUCUGUUGUUAAAAUCAUUGAUGGCAAUAACUGUAUGUUAAGAAAUUAAUCUAAAUGUUGUUUUACAUUUAUUUACUUUCCCAAAGGUGGUUUUUGCUUGGAAGUGACUUACUUUAUAAUUAAAUGAAGGUAUUUAUGUAAUAAUUGUGAUUUUCAUGAGUUUAAGCUAACAACAUCAAAGCUAGAAUGAGUGAAUCAAAUGAGAAUUAAAAAUCUAAAACUGAAAAA